AUUGCUGCAAUCAGCAAGUCAAGUGCUAUGUUCGUGAAGAACAUGGCAAUUGCUGUUUUUGGAACAACCGUCUUAAGAUCCAGCUCAGUGACAGGAACACAGUCUAACAGAAUAAAAAAUAAAAGCAAGAAGGAACCGCGCCCAAAACUUGAUCCAGCCAAAUUGUUGGCUGUAAGAGAUGCUCUCCGAUAUUGGCUAAACAAUGAGAAGGGAUAUGAUGAAGUUGCUAUUGAAUUUGAAGUGCAACAAGUUGGCACGCACAUAAGCCAUAAAAUCUAUGAAUUAAACCGAACUAAAAAAUUGAUAAAUAAUUAUGAUGUAGCAGAAGGCUCUUCUGACAACAACGAUAAUAUUGCCGAACCUGACGUGUUGGUAUAUAGAGACCAUGAAUAUCUCAUCGAACGGAAUGAAACAAACGAAAUUUUGUUAGAUGAUAACAAUUUUGAAGCUAUUUGAGAAAUUACUUCACAAAUGGACAAUGAAAGGGAAGAAAAUAUUACAAACAGAGAGGAUGAGGAUGACAACAAAGAAGAGAACGAGGACGAGGACGAGGAGAAGCAGGCGAAGGAAAACCUAGAAGUAUAAAAAACUAAAUUACACAUGUUACUCGUAUAUUUAAUAAAUAUAUACAUUUAUAUAUAUAUAUAUAUAUAUAUAUAUCUAAU